GGGAGUUGAAGGCCAAAACAUCUGGGGACCCACAAGUCGAGAACCACUGCCUCAAGGGAGAAACUGUGGCAUUACCUCCGAAGUUAAAAAAUUGGAAAAACCAAACUCUUCCUUGAAAAGCUGUGAUUGUCUAGACAUGUGGGGGUUAAAUCUAGGGCAAAGGAGGGUAAAAAUAGAUGGGAGGGUCCAAUGUGAAAGGUUUGGAACCCCUCCCCUUAUAUAUAAAACAAAGACUCCGCCUCCAAUAUGUGGCAUUCAGUGUGUGUCCACACCAGGGUAGAAUUGGCACCAUGCUCUCCAGAUCAGCCAUGCACGUGCCACAUUAUGCCCCUUCCAUGUUCAGGGAGUUUGACAGAUGGAAGGGCUAUCUGAGCCUUGCGAAAGUGGUUACGGAGAUCAUCGCGGAACGCAAGAAGGUCCCAUUUCCAUCUCAGAGUUGGGACACAAUGGAGUACGACAUGCAGCUAGUCCUCAACGAGGACAACUUUGAAACAGCAUCACAAUGGGUUAAUGGAAGCAGUUCCAGCAGCAAGAGCUCCAAAGGUAGUGCCAAUGGCCAGGCUUCCCAAAACAAGGAGAUUUGCAAUUUCUGCAAACACAACGGGGAAUCCAAGCAGGUCUAUUCGUCCCACCGGCUGAAGGGGAUGGACGGCACCGUGGAGUGCCCCAUCUUGCGCAAAUACACCUGUCCGCUCUGCGGUGCCACGGGCGAAAAGGCCCAUACUUUAAAAUACUGCCCACUGAGCCAAGGGAAGAGGUCGCUGUAUCGCAAGUGCGGACGUAACUCGGCUGGACGCAAGGUUUGGAGAAUGGAAGCCCAAUUCUCUUAGACUACAUUUAUGUGUCAGUUGCCUAGUGUGAUGAUUCAUGGGCCCUGCAGUCCUAUUCCUGACAGUAUUGUGGCAGAUGAGGAGGAAAAUAUGGAGUUUUCCCCAGAUUUCCGGUCGGAGUCAGAGCCUUGGCAGCUGCCUGAAGUUCUAGUCCAAGAACCAAUUAAACCUGACCUUGGUGGGAACUCUCCCCCUUAUGGGAGAAAACAGGCUUACACGACUGAUAGAGGAUCGAGAGAAAAAUUUAGAAGUAGUGCUCGCCUUGCUGCCAAAUAUGCCACUGAUUAGAAGUAUUUCCCCUGAGAAAAUACGGGGAGUCUUGCACCUGCAAGCUGGUUUCCUUCGCUCCCUGUUCUCUAGGGAAAGUGAUUGUUGUUUGGGGAAACGAGACCCAAUAUAGGGAAAUUGCGCGAAGGAUUCCUUGCGGAGUCAAUUCGUCAGCUCCUGGAGAGAGAUCAUGUGUGUGUGGACUUCGAAUCCUGUUCCUUGCCUCCUGAAUCUAGUUCCAAGCCUUGUCCUCGUCUCACGGAUUUACCACAGAUCUUGUUCCAUGCUUCAAGUUGCUUUGCCUUUAGCCACAGCUCCAGCCACGUUCCAAGUAACUUUCAGCCUUGUGUCAAGCUUCAUUGGAUUCAAGACUUUUUCUGUUUUCCCAACGCUUUGCUUGGCAAACCGUGUGUUGCGGUUAUUGGAUUAUAAUCUUUGGACUCUAAUAUUUCAUAUUGGACAAUAAUCUGCUGGACUAUAUUUGGCCUCAUUUGAAAGGUCUGCUUCUGAACUUUAUUCUACACUUGUUUUUAUUGACUUUAUAUAUUCCUUUAAUAAAGAUAUUAGAUAGAAUCUGGCCUCAGUGUAUGGUUAUUGGUGCCCAGCAGCCUAGAUCCUGACACCUUGUAUCAUGCUUUUUUAUACAUAUAAUCAUGUUUUUUACAUAUGUAAUAUCACGUUCCUUUGACAUAUGUAAUUGCCUUAUAUCAUAUUUUAUAUUGUGUUUUAUAUAUGCAGUUACUUUACAUGUUUCUUUUAUGUAUGGAUGUAUAAUUUUUACAUGUUUAAUUAUAUUAUUUGCAACUAUAAUUGCCUAAUAUCAUGCUUCUUUUAUAUAUGCAAUGACAUCAUGUUUAUUUAACGUAUAUAAGUGCCUUAUAUCAUGUCCGGGUUAUCAUGUGUGUCUCCAGAGGGAUGCAGCCCUAUCCUUUGCAGGGAAAAUAUAGAAAUAUCUUCUAAAUGGCUACUGUCUAGAAUUUUGUUUUGUAAAGAAAGGAAAAGUUUAUAUGCUAUUGGAAAGAAAGAUACUAUUUUAUGUUUAAAUUUUGGAAAGGAAUAGAAUUGGUUAUUAUUACUGUGGUCUAACCUUCAAUUGUUUGCAAGUUGUUCUAAAGUUUGGAUCAUAGAGUUUAAUAAACAGAGUUUAUGGUUUUGGCAUCAAAACUGUUCAUGUUGUGCUUAAAUGGGAUUGAAUUUUCUUUAAUUUGUGGCCCAUAAUAGGCUGGUUAUAAGCCUGAUCUGGAAGGCAGCCAAGGCAAAGACCAUUGAGCUGCUGAACUUGCAGACUGAAAGGUCCCAGGUUCAAAUCCCGGGAGCAGAGUGAGCGCCCGCUGUUAGCUCCAGCUUCUGCCAACCUAGCAGCUUGAAAACAUGCCAAUGUGAGUAGAUGAAUAGGUACCGCUGUGGCGGGAAGGUAAUGGCACUCCAUGUAGUCAUGCCGACCACAUGACCUUGGAGGUGUCUAUGGACAACACUGGCUCUUGGGGUUAGAAAUGGAGGUGAGCACAACCCCCAGAGUCAGACAUGACUGAACUUAACGUCAAGGGAUACCUUUACACACACACACAUGCAGGGACUACACCAAUUUAACAAAGUUUCAGCCACAAAAACAAAGUUUCUAAAGUAGAGCAAUGACUUUCACAGUAAAGACAACCCAAUUUAACAGGAAAUAAGACUUUCAAACCAGGAACAGAUUUCUGCAAUUAUUAAAAAAUGGUUCAUUAUAAAAGCUAUGAAAAUUUGCCAAAAAUCAGAGGAUAAGGGAAACGUUCCACAUUUUGGUGAGCUAUCAGUGUUAAAUGUGUUCUACCACUGUACCAAGUUUGAAGAAGAUCACUCAAAAAAUGAGGGCGGGAGAGCCCCCUAAGUCCCCCCCCCUUCGGGCUGUUUUUGGGCCACCGCGCAUGCGCGUCCGCCAUUAACGAAUUAAUUUAGAAAAUAACGAAUUUUCGUUAAUUUCGAAAAAUUUUGGGGGCAAAAUUCGUUAUUAGCAACAAAAACGAAAAACUGCCCCCUCUAGUUUUGAAACGAGUUUAGAAUCAAAUUUUUCAUGGAUCGA